UUCACCGCAGAACGGGCGUAGCCUAGAUCCACCGACGAUGGCUCGCCUUCCAGCGCCCCACACCCGUGUGUUACACCUACAACUGUGUAAGCUCUACAAUUCACAACAAGGCGAACCGUGGCCAAGCACCACGCUCAAUAUAUACCGACCAUUGAACACCGAGCAUAGCUCCGUUGAACACAGGCGAGUCGCACCAGAUGGAACAAGGCAGAGAAAGUGAAGUGUCUGCGUGCGGGUACCGGUUUCGGAGAGAAUCAGAGGAAAUCGACAAAGCUUCGCCUUUCCCAAAUUUCUUCUCUCUUUUUCCCCUUCCUUUUUGCCAGCACAUCUCGGGAGGAAACUAAUCCAAACAAGAACAGAAACAUAUAGACAAAACAACAUAAAAUGGACGGAGAAGAAAUUGCUGCCCUCGUGAUUGAUAACGGUUCCGGUAUGUGUAAGGCCGGUUUCGCCGGUGAUGACGCUCCAAGAGCCGUCUUCCCAUCCAUUGUUGGUAGACCAAGACACCAAGGUAUCAUGGUUGGUAUGGGUCAAAAGGACUCCUAUGUUGGUGAUGAGGCUCAAUCCAAGAGAGGUAUCUUGACCUUGAGAUACCCAAUUGAGCACGGUAUCGUUACAAACUGGGAUGACAUGGAGAAGAUCUGGCAUCACACUUUCUACAACGAGUUGCGUGUUGCUCCAGAAGAGCACCCAGUCUUGUUGACCGAGGCUCCAAUGAACCCAAAGUCUAACAGAGAAAAGAUGACCCAAAUCAUGUUUGAGACUUUCAACGUUCCAGCUUUCUACGUUAACAUUCAAGCUGUCUUGUCUCUUUACUCCUCUGGUAGAACCACUGGUAUCGUUUUGGAUUCUGGUGAUGGUGUUACCCACGUUGUUCCAAUCUACGCUGGUUUCGCUUUGCCACACGCCAUCUUGAGAAUUGACUUGGCUGGUCGUGACUUGACUGACUACAUGAUGAAGAUCUUGUCCGAGCGUGGUUACUCUUUCUCCACCACUGCCGAGAGAGAAAUCGUCCGUGACAUCAAGGAGAAGUUGGCUUACGUUGCUUUGGACUUUGACCAAGAGUUGCAAACUGCUGCUCAAUCCUCUGCUAUCGAGAAGUCCUACGAAUUGCCAGAUGGUCAAGUCAUUACCAUCGGUAACGAGAGAUUCAGAGCUCCAGAGGCUUUGUUCCACCCAUCUUUGAUUGGUUUGGAAGCUGCUGGUAUUGACCAAACCACCUACAACUCCAUCACAAAGACCGAUAUCGAUGUCAGAAGAGAGUUGUACGGUAACAUUGUCUUGUCUGGUGGUACUACUAUGUUCCCAGGUAUCGCUGAGCGUAUGCAAAAGGAGAUCACCGCUUUGGCCCCAUCCUCCAUGAAGGUUAAGAUCAUUGCUCCACCAGAGAGAAAGUACUCUGUCUGGAUUGGUGGUUCCAUCUUGGCUUCCUUGUCCACUUUCCAACAGAUGUGGAUCUCAAAGCAAGAAUACGACGAAGCUGGUCCAUCUAUUGUCCACCACAAGUGUUUCUAA